GUUAGCGUUAGUGCUAUCAAUUUAUUCGCCAUGGAGUCCUUUCCUCCUGAACUCUUGGCGAAAAUCUUCAGUUUUUUAAGUGGUAAAGACAUCGCCUCCAUCGCUCAAGUGUGCCGUUCAUUUUAUGAAGCGAGUCUUAUUGAAAACAUCUGGCGAACACGAUGUGCCCUAGAAUUUUCUGUGAAAGUGAAACACGGGAAUUUUGUCUUCAAGGACAUCUAUACAAAGUUACUCCACAAGUACCGGUUUUACUUGGGCCUCUGGCAGCCACAGGUGUCUUCUUACGGGGGCCUUUUCCAAGUCUUGUUUGACCCUGAACUUGCAGCCAUAGUGGGGCAGGAGUUGCUACCUCCACGGGACCCAUUCAUCACCGAGCCACUUCGCAAGAAAUUGCUCUUUACCGUUUCACUUGACCGGGAAAAUGAAGAUGACGUUGUUUGUGUUGGUGGCUACAAAGGACCCCACCAAGCUGUUAUUUUAGAGAUUUCCAAGGAUGAGUUUGUGUUUAAAUGUUGUGACUCAAGCCACCAUCGUCACCCAAAUGGAAAACACCAAGAACUUCGUGACUGGAUUCAUGAAGAGACUUCAGUGCCUCUGGAUAUGCACCAGUUUCCACACAGCCAGGAGCUGCUGCUCAUGAAAUUUUUGAUAUUGAGGCAAUUAGACUAUGCGUUUCAGUAUAAGCGAGUUACGUUGCAAGCCCCAUUGACUGGCGUACCCAUUCAGCCUGGCGUAUUCAAGGGCACCUACGGCACACAUGGUCUCGAGUUGAUCCAGUUAGAGUACAUUGACAACUGCACAAAGCUCCGGGCCUCCAAACUUUCGGGUGACCCCAAUGUACCAUCUGGCCAGGUGACUUUUGAGGUGGUGCUGCAGUACUCAAUGGUGUUGACAGCACAGCAGCAAGGAUCCAUAUCAGCCUUGGAUGCCAUCGAGGUGCGUGCAAGUGGCACCGCAUACAACACUGUGCCAACCACGCCCCAGCCAUUUCGUGUCCCAGUGGACUGUCAUGAACGUUUUCUUGAGAUUCCCAGGACUUGCAUUGCCAGGUACCAUGGCUUGGGCCAAGUGGCUGGACAUGGUUACACAAACCCAUCCUUCUCACGGGGUCACUGGGUUGUCUUCAGCGAGGACCUCUUUGGCUUCCUCUGGCUGGAGCUGCUUUCGUUGAGCAUGUACCACAGAGUUAAGGAGGACCUUGCCUAGGAAGUCUCCUCCAACUGAGAUGCUGGAAUGACCUGUGUUGGUAUUAGGCUGUUGUGUGUGUUCUUGCUAAAGCCGCUAAGGAACUGGUGCCAGAGCUGCCCUACCAAAGUCAUCAUUGUGAAUGCUGUUAAGUGGCCAUGCAGUGCUGGUGUACUGAACAUAUGGGAAUACCGCAAAGCUUGGUGCCACUGAUAUGCUAUGAUUGCUAGGAGCUGUGUCACAAUCUGGCAUUCAGUGAGCAGUUCUUGCCUUGUUAUGGAAAGGUCAAAUGUUAAAUGUAGUGCUCAGAAAGCAAUGGCACUGCCUUACUGAUACCCUGUUCAUGUGUGCAAUGCCACAUAUUGCACCUGUGGUUUUACUCAACUCUGGUCGUCUGUUGAUUUCACCUGCCUAUCCUAACUGUGGUGGGUAGUGCCAUUCAGACUUCAGACAAUAUGGGGAGAGUACAUUUGUGAGCAUAGCAUGUUGUGUGUGUGCGUGUAUGAGUGUUUGUGUGCUUUUUGCACUCGUGAGAUCCCCUUCAGGAACAGUGGCCCAGUGUUGCUAUACAAUGUACAUUUUUUACAGAGGUCAUUUUAGAGCAUUGAGCCAUUGAUUCCAGGUUUUAGUAAAAAUCAUUCUUACCUUUGCUUGUUUUAUAAAUGAUAUGCAUACGUGCAUGUCACAAAAAUCAAUGUGGUGAAAUUAUGUUACUAGAAGCCUGUGGUAGUUUGUGUAAAGUGUUGUUCAUGGGCUGUCUGCUGUUGCAGACCUAUGUUUGUCAGGAGAAAAGAUCAAAGAAUGUGUACAUAAAUAUAAUUAUAUACAUACGUACAUAUAUAUAUAUAUAUAUAUAUACAUAUAUAUUUUUGGUUGUGAGCAGCCGUAUAGUGUGAUGUUUAUGAUCUCUUGCAACGUCUAGCCAUGUUCUUUCUUCUUAUUGUUUGGUAUUGUGAGUGAAUGUACUAAACAAGGAAGACUAAUGGCUGUGCUUUUAUGCAUACAGCCCCAGUCACACUCGUACAGAACACAUCAGCUGUGUAAAUUGAAGUGAAAAUUUACAUUUACCAAUGCCUUCAAGCUCGAUAUACCUUUCUAUCUGUAAAAACACUGCAUGUGGCAGCACAUGCUUAACAAAAGGCUUUUUGAGCUUAAAGCCAAUUUGUAAAUGUUACCAUCACAAUCUGAAAACCAACAGUUGUGUGUAUAUUUGUGUGAUCGGAACUGUGCAGGCCAACAUUGGCCUAAAAACUCGUGCCUGCACAUAGUGCUGCUACAUUUGUGCUUUUAGAUGUGCAUGGUUAGCUGUAAACAUUUACUAGUGUUGGGGCUCAAGUACAGGUAUUGAAGGGACACUGAAUUGGCCUAUUGUAAAGUGAAGUUAAGCUUGUUUGGUUGAUAAAACAUGCAACUAUGGUCACGUAAGUGAAUUAUUUUACCAUGUGUACCUGAGGCACCGAAAUUGCGGUGUGGGAAGAUUGAGACGACAUUUAGGAUUUUUUUCUCCAUCAUGCCUAGUUGUGUCUCCACAGUUGCAUGAAGAUGAAUCGUCAGUACCAAAAAUUUAAAAAAUUAAUAUAAUUCUAAUUAAAAAAUGCAAGUACAAAAAUUAAAAAUCAAAAUCAAGUGAUGUGAAAGGGCAUUUUGUACCUAUUGAAAUCACCGAAUAUGUGCUGGUAUUUAAGAACGCCUUUUUGUUUGCUGCAGUUCAUGAGGUUCCUGUUUGGUACCAGGUUGCUGUCAUUUCUCUUGUGGUCAUGGUUCCCUAUCAUGUGAAAUUGUGUGCAUUUCUGUGGCCAAAUCGAAGACCUUGCAAGCUAUUAUGGGGCUGUCUAAGCUUGCAGCAUUUUGUGUAGAAACUUGGUGAAUGAGUAUAUUAGAAAAAUAAGCACAGCUUUCUAAUAUCCUUCAUGUCGCCAGCUAUGUGAAUUUGUUGCUGUUAUAUGUACAUUGUGGUGAGCUUUCUUUGAGCUUUUACAACCUGAAUGCCAUUUUGUAGUGCUGUGAUACUCAAUUCUUUUAUAACAGUUUUUGUUGCUAUCAGAGCACCCGUGUUUUACCAUAGGCAUCCUUUUACCUUUUACUAUGUUUGUGCUAAUGAUGAGCUUUAUUACGUGCAACUUGGAGAGUGACAAGCUUUUUUGUUACAUAAAUUUUGUUUAAGAAAGGGACACAUGAAAAUGCAUUGUUACUUUUUGGGUUCCUUUAUUUCGUUGUAAGCAUUCUUUUUUAUCUCAUGCUUUGUUUCAGAUAGAGCUCACUUUUUUUUAAUGUGUGUUUUGUCUAAAUAGCGCACCCAAUUUGCAAUAUGAAACUUUUUAACGAGUACUAAGUGGUUGUCACUUGACUUGCAUGAAAAAAAGAAACUUUAACUGGUACUUUGGCCUUUUUUGUUGUUGUUAUUUUAUGUUUUGUUUGCUCAAGAAAAUGUUCAUGUUUAGAAAAAGACUGGUUAUUGACGCAGUCCUCAUUCAGCUCUGUACCAUUUUUGGCUUGAUUGUGAUUACUCUGUUUUUUCCUUAUGUGCUUCUCUCUCAUUAAAAGGCUAUACAAGUGCAAAGGAUUUAAUAAAAACUAAAAAUUGA